AUGAAUAUCCUCUCAAGAGUACUUGACGUUUUAUCUAUUCUAUUCCAGGUUGUUGAAGAUGGUUAUGAGUUCUUUGCUAAACGGCAAUUAGUAACGCUGUUCUCUGCGCCGAACUAUUGCGGUGAAUUCGACAAUGCUGGUGGUAUGAUGAGUGUAGAUGAGACGUUGAUGUGCAGCUUCCAGGUUCGUGGAAAUACUGUUGUCCAUAAUCUUUUUGAAGAGAUCUUCAUGGUUUUUAGUUUCAAGAAAUAA